AACAACAACAAUCCUGUUAGCAUUGCUACGACAUGCAUGCUAGCGCAAUGGCUCCUUGAAGCUCAGCUGAACGUGUCUGGCCUUUAAAACAUUACCAGACCAGCACCAUCUAUUUCCCCUGGGCCUUUAUACGUCGAUGGUGCCGGGCUCAUGAACUUGGCCAGCCUAAGCGGGGAUGCGGGCGGAAGCCAGCUCCUCUUCGCCAACUUUAACCAGGACAAUACGUCCCUGGCUGUUGGCACCAAAUCAGGAUACAAGUUUUUUUCUUUGUCUUCUGUGGAAAAAUUGGAGCAGAUAUACGAAUGUACGGACACUGAGGAUGUGUGUAUUGUGGAGCGUCUGUUCUCCAGCAGCCUGGUGGCCAUCGUCAGCCUCAAGGCCCCCAGGAAGCUCAAGGUCUGUCACUUCAAGAAGGGAACUGAAAUCUGCAACUACUCGUACUCCAACACAAUACUGGCUGUUAAACUCAACAGACAGAGGCUGAUAGUGUGUUUGGAGGAGUCACUUUACAUUCACAAUAUCCGAGACAUGAAAGUGCUGCAUACAAUCAGAGAGACUCCACCCAACCCUUCAGGGUUGUGUGCCCUGUCCAUUAGUAACGACAACUGUUACCUGGCAUAUCCUGGCAGUGCCAUGAUAGGAGAAGUUCAAGUGUUUGACACUGUCAACCUGCGAGCCGCAAACAUGAUUCCAGCCCACGACAGCCCAUUAGCAGCUCUAGCUUUUGAUGCCAGUGGAACAAAACUGGCCACAGCUUCAGAGAAGGGCACAGUCAUCCGCGUUUUUUCCAUCCCAGAAGGGCAAAAACUCUUUGAGUUUCGACGAGGAGUGAAGAGGUGUGUGAGCAUCUGCUCCUUGGCCUUCAGCAUGGAAGGCUUGUACCUGUCGGCCUCCAGCAACACAGAGACGGUUCACAUCUUCAAACUAGAAACACAGAAGGAGAAGUAUGUGCCAGCAGAGGAGCCCACCACAUGGGGCGGAUACCUGGGUAAGGUUCUGAUGGCAUCAACCACCUAUUUGCCCGCCCAGGUCACGGAAAUGUUUACACAAGGGCGAGCCUUCGCCACCGUGAGGCUGCCCUUCUGCGGUCAUAAGAACAUCUGCGCUUUAGCAAUGAUUCAAAAGAUUCCCAGGUUGCUGGUCGCAGCGGCCGAUGGUUACCUGUAUCUCUACAACUUGGAUCCUCAAGAUGGCGGGGAAUGCACUCUGAUGAAACAGCACAGGUUAGACGGCAGUGCCGAGCCGCUUAAUGAGAUCCUGGAGCAGGGGUCGCAUGAUCGCCCACUUGUGGCGCAGACCUACAGUGCUGCCGUCACUAAAGGCUACUGUGACGAGCAGGGCGCCGUGGGAGGGGCGGGGCUAGAGGAGGAUCUCAAUAGCUUGCGGCUAGAGGAUGACAACGAGCAGCCGCCGCUCAUCCUGGAAACCGAAUGACCAAACUGACGGCCGCACCAACCAAUCAGAGGGCUCCUCUGGCGCUGCUAUCGAUAAGUGACACGAGGGGGGAGGGCAGGAUCAGCGAGGGAAGUUAUUUUUCUGUCGUUUAGUUUUUUUAAACACACAGAGUGCUCCGGAGUCUAUCUGUUGUCGUUUGUCUCUUUAGGUACACCUCCACGUUUUAUCGCCCUCCCUCCUCCUUGUUCUCCUCAGUUUAGUCUGCGCGGACCAAGCUGACUGCUUUGCAUGUACAUGUGCCAACCGCUCCAACAAAACCCCAAUGUGAAUGAGAGUCUGUGAGCGUGCACGUUUGAUCAAAAUAGAAAAUGUAGCCGUGCUCUUCUAAGGACACACGUGCAAAUUCUAGCUCUGUGUGUAAAAACAAAACAAAAAACAUUGUGUAAGUGCCUCUUGCCUCCCUAUCAUGUUUUCUGUUUGAGAUCUCUGCAUUGGCUUAAUAAAAUCUAUUUUCAUUUGUCUGAUCUUAACCGAGGGUGUGUACUGUACUCUCUUCUCUGACGCUUUGCUUUCUCACGUGCAUACACAAACACACGCCGAGCACGUGUGACUUGAUGCUUUCUGCUGGCACCGUUGUGUGUUUGUGCAAAUGAACUUCCAUUCAUCCUUGAUUACUUCUCGGCUCGUUGGACCUGCACAUCCUUGCUUUCCCUCCAAUCAAUGGUCAGAUUCCAAUUUUGAUAUUCUGGCUGUUUUUAAAACGCUACAUUGGCAUUUCUACGCGAUGCUGUGUGAGCCUGCAUGAUGUUGCUGUGGUUCUGUGCAUUGUACACUGAAGACAUUUCAUGGAUGGUGAUCAUGAACUAAUGCAGAUCUUAAAAACUACAAUCCGCACGUCUGUACCUUUCUUGUCAUGGCAGGUUUACACUGUAAAUGGUUCUGCCUCUGACCGUAGACUCGAGUUGGACAAUUCAAUUGGCGGUCUGCUGGUCUUAGAUGUUAGUUUCAGUUUUCAUUUUGAUGACUCAAGCCACUCAACAAAGAUGACCUGUGGAGAUUGGGAGUGUUGGGCUUUUUCUAUUGAUUUUUGUAUAAAAUGUGAAACAUUUAUUUGAAACAACAAUAAAGAGAAAGGCCAUGUUGA